AUGGAACAACGUCUAGAGCAAAUGGUGCAAGACUUUGCUCGAUUCUUUGCUUCGGCGUGGACUAACAAAUCCGCCCACACAUUAGAGCCGCCUCCUGAACUCCCGCCCCAACCUCAAACCAAGCUUGAAGAUGUUCGCCAGGAGCUUCCACGCCUCUUCCAAUCUGGCUAUCCUAUGGUUCUCCAACAUGAUGAUCUUGCAGUAAACAACAUCCAUGUGGAUGAUGCCUCUGGUUGUAUCACAGGAAAACUAAUUUUCCAUGCACAUGGAGGAAUUUUCGAUUGGGCUGAUGCUAAGGUCUGCCCGUUCGGCGUGUCCCUUGCGAAUAUGAAGAUCGUUCUAGGUGUCCAGACUAGAGACAAGUGGCACUUUCAUCACAACCAUCGUCUCCUCCGGGAACUCUUCUGGAAGACGUUCUACCAAGAGACCGGUCCAAUUUCAGACGACGAUCGCCGUUCAAUCGAAGUUGCUAGGCUGUUCGGGUUGUUCCAAAAGAGGGAAGUCCGCUGCGUUGUACUUUGGGGCAGCUCACGGAAUCUGCUUUGCUGUGAUAACGGUCAUGCUUGUUGGACUUGGCUCAGCAGCAGACUACGGAACCUUCGGCCGCUGGCUGCUCCUGGUUCUCACCCUCGUCUUUUGGAUCUUUCAACAAGGCUAAAUAGCGAUUCUUCGCCUGAUCAGUGGCUUGCUGCGAUGGCAUAUGUUAGAGCUACCCAUGUCCUCUAUGCGGCGUUCUUCCCGAGACUUGCUCGCUACCAACGACACGUUCGGAAAGCAGGAGAAGAGGACCUCAAUGAAGGAAAGAUCAACCAAGCCAAACUCGAUAAAAUUGAUAAUAAUCUGGAACGAAAUUAUAUCAAAAGUAUUUCGACGGCGCACUUGAAUAUCAGAUAUUUGCUGACCCUGGUCAUCGAUCUCUCCUUGCUUCUCCUAACGCAAGGCAAUGCGUAUGCUAAUAACUGUGCACCGUGCUUGACCAGCUCUUCUUUCUUCCUUUUGGUGGAUGGUUUCAAUACGACGGAGUCUCUCAUCGGCAUCAUUCAGAACAACGUCUUCCAGUUCUCCUUCUUGGAGAUUACCUAUCUCGGUAUUGCUGAAGCAGCCACUUCGAUUAUAUCCACUCUCGAAUUCUGGUACAUCAAAGAAUGCUUCGAUAUCAAGACGAAGCACAUGUUCAUUGUCACCAAUUUUUCAGCGUGUUCAACCCGUUCUAUAUUUCUUUUCCCUCCCGAGACAUUCUAUGCUUAUCCGGAUUUAGUCGAGUAUCAUCGGACCGAAUGUAAUUCAGGUGAAUAUCAACUCUUCGAACAACAAUUGUGUGGGCUUUUCUUUUCUCUUCAUACUGUUCGCAGCAGCAGGCGUAGUCAUCAUCUGGUUGAUAUCGAGAAGGGCAGUGAGAGCUGUAGGCAAGAUGUUGAAGACAGAAAGCUCAUUCGAUUGGGCGAGGAGUCUUCUAUUACAACCGAGCAAAUUGUCGAAGGAGUAGCUCUAGGCGAAUUAUUACCCGAGGGCAAUGGGAGCGGCGACAACGUGGAACACAUUGGCGUCAAAUUCUCUGGCAAGAAAGUUGACUGA